CAACAAAUUGAAACCCACGCACUUCACUUCGCUCACCACAUCACCACCUCACUCCACUAACCAGAGAGAGAACGCAGCUAGUAGCAUUAUUAGCAUCAUGACCGCGAUGGCGGCGGCGGCGGCGGUGUUGGUGUCGUUGCUGCUGGUGGCGGCGGCUGCGGGGCAGCAGGCGGCGCUGGUGCCGGGGGUGAUGAUAUUCGGGGACUCGGUGGUGGACGCCGGGAACAACAACCGGCUGGCGACGCUGGUGCGCGCCGACUUCCCGCCCUACGGCCGCGACUUCCCGGAGACGCACGGGGCACCCACGGGGCGGUUCUGCAACGGGAAGCUGGCCACCGACUACACCGUCGACAACCUGGGGCUCACCUCCUACCCGCCGCCCUACCUCGGCCAGCUCGCCCAGUCCGACAACCGCUCCCUCCUCCACGGCGCCAACUUCGCCUCCGGCGCCUCCGGCUACCUCGACACCACCGCCUCCCUCUACGGGGCGAUAUCGCUGAGCCGGCAGCUGGGGUACUUCAAGGAGUACAAGACGAAGGUGGAGGCGGUGGCCGGCGGGAAGAAGGCGGCGGCGCUGACGUCGGAGUCCAUCUACGUGGUCAGCGCCGGCACCAGCGACUUCGUGCAGAACUACUACGUCAACCCGAUGCUGGGCGCCACCUACACCCCCGACCAGUUCUCCGACGUCCUCAUGCAGCCCUUCACCACCUUCAUCGAGGGGCUGUACGGACAGGGGGCGAGGCGGAUCGGCGUGACGUCGCUGCCGCCGAUGGGGUGCCUCCCGGCGUCGGUGACGCUGUUCGGCGGCGGAAGCGGCGGCGGGUGCGUGGAGCGGCUGAACAACGACUCGCGGACGUUCAACGCGAAGCUGGAGGCGGCCUCCGACAGCAUCAGGAAGCAGCACUCGGACCUCAAGCUCGUCGUCUUCGACAUCUACAACCCGCUCCUCGACCUCGUCACCAACCCCACUGCCGCCGGUUUCUUCGAGUCUCGGAGAGCGUGCUGCGGGACGGGGACGAUCGAGACGUCGGUGCUGUGCAACCAGGGUGCGGUGGGGACGUGCGCCAACGCGACGGGGUACGUGUUCUGGGACGGAUUCCACCCCACGGACGCCGCCAACAAGGUGCUCGCCGACGCCCUCCUCCUCCAGGGCCUCCAGCUCAUCUCCUGAUCCAUCCAUCCGUUUCCUGAGAAUGACGGACGCAUGCACAGCCAACAGCGCUACUAGCUUCUUGCUCUCGCUUCUGCUUCUCAACUACUCUACUCUACUCCUGUGAACUUAAUUAGUUAAGUUGCUAUUUGUUUCUCCUGCUAGCGAUCGAUCGAGUAGCCGCCGUACGUGCUGCAUGCUGCUGUUUCGGUUGCCCUGCUUGUUUAGUUUUGUUUUUCUCUCUAUCGUGCAGUCAUGUGCACGGGCUUGGGCUUAGUUGUUUUGCUGUAGUAUGAAUGAACUGCUUGCUUGGUGUAAUAUGUCAUGUACAUGCGCUUGGAUUGUACUAUCCCGCUAGCAAUGGGUGUUUUGCAGCUGUGUGCUUUGGUA